CAUACACUCAGCCUCACCUCACUACUCCCUCAUACCACAACCUCCAUCCCUAGUCACAUCAUGACCGCUCCUCCGACGCUCAACCUCAGCACGGUCAUCCCGCCCAACCCCACCACCGUGCGCGGUCAAGCGGCCAAGAUCUCCCUCUCCCCAAAGGGCGACCGCCUAGCCUACUGCAACGGCCGAUCCGUCAUUGUCACCUCCCUGCCCGGACUGAACACCCCCUCUGCCACCAUCAUCUACUCUCAGCACCCACACCCAGUCAGCGUUGCCCGCUUCUCACCCUCGGGCGCCUACAUCGCCUCGGCCGACAGCUCUGGCCUGGUUCGCAUCUGGGACAUUCUCGGCUCAGAGCAGAUCCUGAAAGCAGAGUAUCGUCCCUUUUCCGGCGUAGUGCGGGAUCUGGCAUGGGAUGGUGAGAGCAAGCGCAUUGCAGUCGUGGGGGAAGGGAGAGAGAAGUUCGGUGCAUUCUUCCUCGUAGAUAGUGGGAGCUCCUGUGGUGAGCUGGGAGGACACGGGAAAGUCGUGAGCUGUGUGGCCCUUAAAGGGGCCAGACCUUUCAAGGCGGUCAGUGGUGGAGACGAUACCAAGGUCGUCUUCUUUGCUGGGGUGCCGUACAAGUACGCCUCGACCCUCUCUUCGCACACCCGCUUCCUGCAGUCCCUUGUCUACUCGCCCUCGGGCAAGUACUUUGCUUCCUGCGCCUCGGACUCCAAGGUGAUCCUCUACGAUGGCUCCUCGGGAGAAGUGGUCAGCACAAUCGACUCGGCCGGCGGAGGGGGAACCGUCUUCGAUAUUGCCUUUGUGGGAUCCGACGACUCGAAGAUGGUGAGCGUGGCAGCGGACGGCUUGGCAAAGCUGUGGAGUGUCCCGGCAGGCGAGAAGAUUGGAGAAUGGGAUCUCAAAGCUGGACAUGCCAAUGCAGGAGACCAGCUCGUAGCGAUAGUCGUCGCGAAUGGUGAGACGGGUGUGGCUCUCAAUCUUCUCGGGGAGUUCGUCACCUUCGACGUCACUCAACCGGGCUCGAUCAAGGGGAGGUACCUGAACCCUACAAAGGGCAUCACUACCGCUGUUCGGGUCAGCGCAAAGGAGAUCCUGGCUGCUUCGUGGGAUGGAAAUGUCUACCGGUAUCAGCGCAGCAAGGCAGGAGAGGCGGACUGGCAGGUCAGCACAGUCGCGGGCUUCAAGAUCGGAGGGCCCGUCGUGACCUUCUUGCAGUCGGCCGACGGGAAGCCGGAGGAGGUAUACGCCGUGGGACUGGACGAUGUUUUGAGACGGAUUGUUGGAGGCAAGACAGACUCGCUGUCACUGCCCUUGCCAUCGGCUGCUAAGGGUCUGAGCGUCUCUCCCAAAGGCGACGUGUAUGUCCUCACAGCGACCUCCGUAGUACUUCUCCCUGCCGGUUCCAGCUCUUUCAGCACUCCCCUUUCCAGCCUUCCCACCCCAGCACCCUCAGCCCUUUUCGCCUCAAUGAACCACCUCGCCAUCGGCUCUGAGCAAGGCAAGGUCUACCUCUACUCGACGUCAGCCCUGGACAAGGCUCCCCAGAUCAGCGAGCGCAACCGCUCCGCCGUUACCGCUCUUGCCAUCUCGCGCGACGAAUCCUACCUCGCCAGCGCCGACUCGACGGGCAAGAUUCCCGUGGUGUCCCUGCCAUCUCUGGACCUCAAAUUCUCCCAGUGGGUCUUCCACACCUCCCGCAUCACAUCACUGUGCUUCUCUGCCGAUGGCAAAAAGGCCAUCAGCGGCGGACUGGACUGUAGCGUAUAUGUAUGGAGUACGGAGAGGCCAAUGAGCAAGGUGGAGAAGAGAAAUGCGCAUGCGGGCGGAGUGGGCUGGGCUGGCUGGUUGGACGAGGAGGGCGGCAGUGGAGAGGUGGCUACCUUGGGUAGUGAUGGAGCUCUGAAACUGUGGAACCCAAAGUAGAGAGCCUCGUCAACAACAUCUGUUCGAGCUAGAGAGUCAUUCAUUCGUCAACAAUCUGACACUCUUGUGUG